AUAUUGAGAGAUACACUUACCCACUCUUCUCAGUAUUGUUUCCUGUUAUAACACAAAAUGAUUUUCUUUGCUCACAGCAACAAGCAACUUUCUAUGUUUCUUCUAUUUUUUUUCUUUUCUUUCUCUUUUCAUGUAAUUUAUAUAAUAUUUUGAACGCAAUUCAAGCUGAACUGAAUUUUAAACUGUCUUUCAUUUCAGUUGGAGUGAAAGUAAAUCCCAAAGGCAGAGGGGAGUCAGACAUACAGAAGAAUAAGAUCCGUGUUCCAGCAGAUGUCUUCUCUCCAAACUCUGAGUGGAGCGGUUUCUACGAGUAUUUAGGGAAGAGGCAGACCACCACCUUUGCAGUUACUGGGUUCAACGCUACCAGCAGCCGAGUGAACGUCACAUUACUGGAGACCAGCGGCGUGUCGAUCAGACUGUCAGGUACUUACAAGUCAGAGGAGAACCAGCUGCUGUUGAAGGUGUACCAAGUGAAGGGGCCGACAGAGUAUUACUACAGCAAGUUUAAAAACGACAACUGGGCUAUGGAUGGAUAUGUCACUGCGGAGUCCGACCAGAAGACUUUCGUUUACCAGGGACAUAUUCACAGUAAAGACUUUGGCAAGUUUUCUCUGACGAGACAAGGUCCUGUAACCACGGCGAUGAAUCCGUCAAACCCAUACACGAACAGCAGCUCUGUGGCAGCAGCCAUUUUAGUUCCCUUCUUUGCCCUCAUCCUCUCUGGGUUUGCCUUCUACCUCUACAAGCACAGGACAUUGUCUGCUGACACAGAUGACAAUGAGAGACCAAAAAACACCUGGGGGCCUGGCGGCAGGACCCGUCCAAAGGUCCAAUUCAACGGCUAUGUCGGACAUGAGAGCUCCAAUGGGCAGGCGUCGUUUGAAAAUCCAAUGUAUGACACCAACAUGAAGCCCACAGAGGCUAAGGCGGUUCGAUUUGAUACCACCCUGAACACAGUCUGCACUGUGGUGUAGCUGGGCAAACCUGUCUCUGCCCAUAAGGCGGUUCAGACCACCUUCAUGCGGCGGUCUGCAGAGUGGUGUAACCAAAAUAGAAAGAAAACAAAACCUAAUAUCUGGACUUGUCACCAUGAGCAGCCUUUGUGUAACAUGCUGGUACCCUGCCAGCAAAAUCUUCACAAUAAUGCAGCUCUGCUCCACUUCCUUCCACUCUGACGGCAUUUUUCCGCUCUGGUUUCAGGGAGAAAGACAGGAAAGAUGGUUGAUACUGACAAAAAAAAAAGAAAAAGGCAGUAAAUCACGACCUCAUCAAAUAUCACAAAGUCUGAUUUCAGGAGAUUACUGCUUCAGCUACAGUUGUUUUUCAUUUUAAUUUUUUUGGCACUAUUGCAUUUCAAGCAUGUAUACAGAUGGCAUAGCUAGUUGAACUGCUGCUAAGGGCAUGCUCAUCAAGUUUGAAGAAGUCGCCUUUAUUUUCUCUUGGGAAAAAGCUCUGCAGUAAGGGUCACAUAACUAAAUCAAUAGCCGUUAAUUCCAACAUCAUCCCACACUCCCAUGCCAAGUUUGCACAGUGGCACAGGCUUAUGAACUUCCCCGCUGCAGGCCAGAUAUGGGUUUGACCAACACGAGGUUUUACCCUCAGGGGAAGCACAUACACCUAGUCUACCUUUCAUACAGAUAUAAGAUGGACCCUGUAUAAAACCUUAGAUAAUAUCUGGUGCUGGACCAAAAUCAUCCCACUGACUUUCCGUCCUUCUGGAUUUGACAGAACCGAACUUCCGGACACAACAAACCUUUUACAGUCUCUCUUGUGUUAGAGCCUCUUGUGGGCUCCACAGAUUUGCGUACGUUUAAAAACCAAAUGCAGUGAUAUGAUUAGAUUAAGGGGUUAAUUUAGGAUUAACCUGGUUGACAUUUGGUGAACAACAAUCAGGGUUAGACGGGAGUUGAGUUAAGUUUGAAAAUGUUUUAGCCUAUUUAGAGAGCUGAGCGACAAGCAGGACAAUCACAGAGUUAGGUACGUUUAGUGGACAGAUAUUACAACAAUUUGUUUCAUGGAUUCUUGUAAUUUUCAUUAAUUUAUGCCACUUUUAUGCCUUUUAUAACAGUACCGUAGUACACUGCAGCUAAAUAGGUUAAAACAUAGCAAAUCAAGCCUCUCUAAACUAUGUUUUCCAAAGGGUUUGGAAAACCAAGAGUCAUCCCAAGCUAGGCGUAGUUUUCAACACGUUCAAAUAUUACAAGACGAUAGUAAACACCAAUAAGUCCUGCACAGAAUUCAGUUGUUGAAACAUAAAACCAGUCGAUUGCGUUGUAAUGCCUUUGCAGACUAUGGACUGGUUUCCAGAAGCUUGUCAAACACAAUCAAACAUUUGUUUUUCCUGGACUCGCCACAAUUCUGCGCUUGGUGGCUUAACAAGUGGAAACCUGGAGGCAAUAAGCUGUCAGGAUUGUCAACUGCUGCAAUCAACUGUGCCCAAAUCCAGGAAAUGAUUUGUUCUCUUGUAACUCUGGUCUGGACUAUCAGCCGCAAGAUGACUGAUUUCUUUUCUACACUGCACUCUCCAGCCACAAAAUCCGAAGUAAGAUAAACUGAUUUGCUGACAGACCGGCUGACUGACAGCAACUGGACAAAUGGACGCAGACAAAAAAACAAAAAACAAAAAAAAAAGUGCAGUUAGUCACUGUUGUCAGUCAGACUAACUGUAAAAAGAGACAUGGACAUGUUAGAGUGAAAACAGAGACAUCAAGAUGUCUCUAUGUGUCUCUUCUGGAAUUUUUCUUCAGUGAAGAUAUCGAUGAACAGACUCGUAUGUUCAAAAGCCCAGCGGCUCAUUGGGACUUCCCAAACUACGGCUGCUGGGGACUCUAAAAUAUAAAGUUUAUAUAAAUCGCACAAAUUUUGCACUAGUGUUGUUAUUUUUUUUAGUUUUUUUUGUUCAUGUUUUUUUUUUUUUUUGACCCAAUUGGGACGAGGGAAUGAAGAGAAGAUUUGGGAACAGAAAUGGGUUUGCUAAAGGAGUCAGUCAAAAAGUAAUUUUAAUUCAAAAGCUUCUGUCUUUAAAAAGACAACAUGACUAAAUACAGGGUUACAGUGUGUUUGUAUAUACACAUUUAUAUUUCUCGCUCCCUGUUAGCGGUUGUUUUUGUUGCCAUACAUGCUAGCUAAUCAGAAGUGUGGGCGUUCCCAUGUGAAAGAGACGGGAAACGUUAGUUUAUUGCUCUUUCUGAAAGCUUUUACUUGCUUCAGUGUAAUUGGUAGACGAAACAAAAGGAGAACAUCACAUUCAUCAAAAACUACUUACAAUAACUUGCAAAAUGCCUAUCCAAAAAAAACAAAAAGUAAUUUGCACAGAAUAAAUUAGCAGCUUUUUUUCCUUGAAAAUGAGACGAUUUCGAGUAUUAGCUUUCAGAAAAGCCCCGCAACCAUUUCUCUAACCAUCUUUAAAAGGCACAUGUUCCCUUCCACCACUGUUAUUGUGCAUCCUCCCAUCACAUCGCAUAUCUGAUGCGCACAGUCUUGUUACAACAGCCUUUUCAAAGAGCACAGAGAGUUUGCGAUUGGUUUGAGAAGCGGUCAGCAGUCAAACAAGUUCAUAAGGAAGGCAACAUGCACAUUUAGGGUUGUCAGCAAUUAUAUCCCCGUAUUAUUUAAGAAAUACCUCAUCAGCAGAAAGUGUGUCAAAUCCUUUGUUAUGAAUGCUGGAUCAUCGCUGCAGCAAAUUUACAAGCUUAAGGACAAACUUAUCCUGCCGAUUUCCUGGAAAUUUAAAAAAUGUUGCUCUGACGUCCACAAAUCUGUAGGACUCAAGAAAAUCCACGAGAUUCAAACACUGAGCUUGUUAUUUUUCGCAGUGUUUUCUCAAAAUGCUAUUAUUUUUUUUCAAAAGUUGCUGCUCUUGGUUUAUGUAACAGAUUUAAUUGCUUUCACUGUGUCUCCUUUGUUGUGUCCAGGGUCUGUUUCAUACCUCACACACACAACAUUCUGAGAAUAUGUUUAUACAUCCAGCAUUUGCGUUAAGCCUUGUGUUUUUUUUGUUUGUUUUUUUUUGUUGUUUUUUUGUAUGUUUUCCAUGUCUUGUUUUUUGUUUUUUUUCUCAUCCGCCACAGCCACAAAACCAUUCUCUGAAAUUUAAUUCAUGCGCUAGUAGAAUAGGGACAUGUAAAGAGAAGAGCUUCCAACAGACAAAAUAAUGAUAUCUUCUGAAUAAUGUGUCGUAUUAAAAGUAGAUGAUUAUUCUGAAGAACUCAAAUACCCCAAAAGUGCGCAUGAGGAGAUUGUCAAAACUCUACGGCUUUCACCUCGUUUACUGGGAAACGACUUUGCCCCAGACCUCAGUGCCGCAAACAAAAUGCCGUUAAACAAUCCUGAUUGAGUCUGGAUGGACAUUGUUUUGUAUAAAACAAUCGUUGUGAUGCAAAGAAAGAAAGAAAAAUCGAUGAACAGAGCAGCUCUUGAAAAAUAUUUCAGCAAAAACGGACGACACAUUCAGCAUCUCCGUAUAGGAAUAAACAAGACAUCUGUAAACAACAGUGGAGCGUCUGCUCACAGUCACGAGCCACAUCUCUUCCUCCUAUCUUCUUUUCUUUUAAUUGCGAGAGAGCUUUCUGUGCUUCUGGUUUUUAAUUGAUUUGAUUAAUCCAGUGUAGAUUUCCUAUGGAGUCAGGAGUGCAUAAUAGAGCCUGAAAAUUACAGACUGGUUUCCAAAACCGUAUUAAAAGGUCUAGUUUCAUCAUUACUGAGCGAUAUCUGAUCUCCUAGUGUGCCUGAAAGAGAGAAUUUGGACCGUUUUGUUUGUUCAGGCAUGCCACAAUGUGACUGAACUGCUGCGGUUCGAUCUGACAUCCCCCAGGCCCCAUGAAAACACGGCAUAAUGCAGAAUGUCAUUUUGUGCAGAUACCGAGUCUCCUGCACAACUGUCAAGUCUUUGUAAAAAUUUCUAUAAGCACACUUCAACACACGCUGAGCUCAGAACAGGAUUUUCCACCCACUAAUGUUUCAAUAUUUCCCCUGAUAAGCAGGUCUGUAGUGACAGAUGUCAGGCGCCAUUUGACUUCAUUUUGGUAUAAAAACAGAUAUCCCUCACAGAUAUUUCUGUGGAAGGUGGGCCAAGUCGCAUCUCAAAAAUGUGCUGUAGAAAUACAAGCCCAUGGCAGGAAAUGCUGAAUUAGUGACCUAUUCUUAGGUAAUUGUUAUAUGUGAGGAACUGUCUGUGUAACAUGACAGAGACCACUAUCCAUUUAUGUUAUUUAUACGGUCUGUAAUCAUGUCUGUUUUUACGUCUGAUCCUGACAGUCGGUGUAUUUUUAACCUGCUAGCCUUAUCCGAGUGAGAGGGAAAUGUCAAGGGCGAUGCGAGUGAGACCAGCACAGACGUGAAGAGGUUGUGGAAACCCGUCUGUGGGGAUAACGUUAAGAAUCGUUUUGAUGCAUUUCAUCUUUACAGAAAUUUAGGCUCAAAAUUAUUAUCCAAAUGCCUGAUGGGCUUAGAGUAAAAGUUAUUUUCAUUCAAUCAAGAAGUUUAUUUCUGACUGAAACUAACACUGGUGUUACUGGAAAUACAAAAAACAAAGUACAAAAGGUACAUUCUGUUAUUUUUAUAUUGCUUGUGGGGAAAAACAAACAUUUAUACCCUUUUCCAUCAUUUAUGAGAAUGCCUUUUUUUUCCAUUAUAUCAGUGGAACCAUUGUCACUUCUAAUAUAACUGUGAAUGCUUCCAUAGAUUUAAGUCAAAACUCUGGCUGGGCCAAGCUGAACUAUUAACAUUACUUCAGCAGCAGAAGAAACAUAAAAUUAAGAGGUUACUUGGCGUAAAUCGACCUGUAGCAUUGGUCAUUUUAACCCUCCCACAGUCCUAAAUGGCUCGAGUUGACCCAGUGUGAGCUUGUUACCCUGCAUGUUGUUCCGGGCGGACUGACCCCACGUGUGCUUUUACAAGUUUUAAUUGUUUUAUCAGUUUUGGGAACUGAUAAAAGUGUCGAACUAGGACUGUGGGAGGGUUAAGUCUUAUUGUAUGUAAGUCAAAAAGUCAUCUGCCUACAGAUUUAGCUGGUAAAACUGAUUUAGACCCUGGAAAGAUUUAUGUUUUCCACAAUUUUGAGGCAAUUUUUACUGUUUAUAUAAAUCACCUAAUAUAUACUCAAAUGUUUAAAAUACAGAAUCAGUUUUAAUUGUUGAAGUGAAUAAAACUUUAAUCUUCCAAAAUAUGGUUACGAAUGCAACAUGGAGUUGACGGUUCUGACGCCAUAUGGACUAAGAUAUCAUACAGUGCCUUGGCAAAAUAUUCACACACCUUAUUUUUUGUCACAUUACAACCACAAAUACCAACUUAUUUAAUUUGGUUUUAAUUUGGUAGAGUACAAAGUGGAGCAUACAGCAAUUAUGAAGUGGAAGAAAACUGAUGGAACAUUUAAACAUUUAUACAAAGUCUGCAUAUGCAUUCAGUUCCUCUGAGAUGGAAAAAGAAAAACACAUGUUCCUGCAAUUACAGUCUUUUAAGGUACAUUUCUUUCAGCUCUCCACGUUCAGGCAGAUUUUGGCCCAUUCUCCUUUGCAGAGCAGCUCAGGCUCUCUGAAAAAGGAUGGAGAGAAUCCUUGAACCGUGAUCCUCAAGUCUUACCACAGAUUCUCAAUGGGAUUCAGGUCUGCACUUUCAGUUUACCAUUUUAACACAUGAAUAUGGUUUGAUCUGACCGUUUGAUCUAAUCAUUAUGGCUCUGACUGUAUAUUCAGAGCCACUGACCUGCUGGAAAAUGAACCUCGCCCCCAUUCUGAAAUCCAACAGGUUUUUGUUCAGAAAUGCCUGUUUUUAGCUCCAUACAGCUUCCUGUGAACUCUGACCAGCUUUCUGCCCCGUUCAGGGUCAUUUCUACUGCUACAAAAUGUAACAUUUAUUAUCUUUUUUUAAUAUUUAAUUAUGUAUUAAUUAUGUAAUUAAAAUAUGUCCAUGUUUUCUGAGUUCCUUGCAUUGCUAGUGUAAAGUAUUACCUAUUACCUUCAAAUAGUUUUUGCAAGAUAAACUAUUCCACCGCCUUUUUUUUUUUUGCAUUUGUUCACUAAUGUUAUUUUAACAUUAGUGAACAAAUAAAGGCCUUCAUGGAGCAGCUUUUUCAAUUAACUUUUCAUAGAGUUUGCCUCUGAAAGCGAAGGGUUGUGCUGAAUUCUAGGGAGUCCCAUUAAAGCGGACAGAAUACAUGUGCAUGCCAUUCCUUUCAGAUACAUUUGUAAAAGAUGAUGAAAACCACAUCAUUUCCCUUCCACUUUGUAGCUGCGCACUGCUUUGAUUUUGAAAUUUGUUUUUCUUUUUGCAAAAAAGACAAAAUGUGAAAUGAAUUUAAGGGUUUAAAAUACAAGGCACUCGCACUUGUAGGAACUGUGGUUCUGUUUGCAUAAUUUCAUCCCCAACAUUUUGAGUUGGACAAUGUUACUAUGGAAACUAAACCGUCUUAUUUCACGAUUGAGAAUCUAUCUGCGGUCCCGUUUUCUUCAUUAGAAACACGAAUAUCUAUCAGUUGAGCACAUGACUGCUUUUCAAUGGAGAUACAAAACGAAAUGAUUUAGUUAAACUGAAGAGAUGUGUUCUCAUUAACUCAUUAACAUGCAGGAAGUGGCUGGUGCUUUUAAAGAUAUGCUGAAAUAUAUAACCUAUAUUUUUGUUUUAUUAUUUUGACGUCCCCUGUGGCAGAGAUGAGUUGAGAAGUGGUGCGUCUUUAACCAACAGUCGCCGUCAUCUAAAAUGUUUGUUUCUAGCUUUGUGAUGCCUCCAUUUUCACCGCUGUCAUCUCUCACCACCAUUAUCAUGUGCUGCUGAACUUGAAGUAGGUGCAAAAGAAGAAAAAAAAACAAAACAAAAAAAAAACAUUUUUGUACAAAAAUCUAUUUUUUAUGAAGAGAUUUGUAAAAAAGAAAAAAAUAAUAUCAAAACAAAUUAUUAAACAUGCUGUAAUUUUUAUGAACAACAAUGUAGGUUCAAAUAAAAUCUUGUUCAUUGCAAUCAAUGUUUUUACUGUUAUACACCAUGUAAAGAUCUAUGGUUGAGACUGAGUAUCAAAUAUCAGAUAUGAUCUUAUUUGCCCGUCAUGGCUGCUUUUACACAGGAACACACAAGCUUGAGAGCCGAAGCUAAAUUACACUUUUCUCCAGGUAAUAAAUGUGAAAGAAAAUGUGGAGUCUAAAACAGUUUCUGCAGCAAGGUGGGAUUAAUUUCAUGUUUCAUUUAAAAAAAAACAACAAAAAAAACAUUAAAGCUUUUAUGAUAUAGUUUGAAAUUUCUGAUUCUUUGUGCUCACUGAUGCUUGAGUCAUCAUUUUUAAAAUCUUUGAGAUAUUAACAGUACAUGUGUGGUACGUCAAAUGGGUUGAAAAUCAUUCCAACUUUAAAACGCAUUGUUCCUGUGUAACAGCAGCUCUAUAUGGCUACUCCUCAUACUUGUAUCUUAGAGAGAAUGGCUUUUAGAGGCAAAAAUUAAA